ACCAGCUCCUGCAAUCAGAUGCAAGCAAUGGCUUCGUCUGUAAUUUUCAUCAAGGAGAGGCCUCUUUUCUUACUUCCCCUCCCAAUAUGAGGUUCUCCAACCUCGUGUCCUGCUUGGGGGUGCUGGGUACCCGCCGGCGCAGGGAAGAGGCGCGUCCGCUCGUACCGCUAACGUGCGCCGGAGGAGAAGACUACCCCUGGCGACGUCGGAAACGCGGGAGACGGAAUUCGAGUGCUUGGAGGCCUUCGCUCGUCGCGAUUUCCGAGGACAGCGGUGGAUCCGUGGGCCCCACGGGGGAAGGGGAACGGACGGUCAGAUCUGGAAAGGAUGUGGCGGGAAAGAACAAAUCAAGGUCUAAGACUCGCUCUCACAACGACUGGGGCCGAUUUCCCCACUCGACGGCUCAGGCAGUCUUUCCAGGGUUCAGUUCGACUGCAUUCUUGUUUUGAACGGCAUGGAUUUGUUCGUUUAUAUCACAAUCUCAGAAUGCCAGAUUCGAUUAGAGGACUAUUGGAUAAAAGACUAAGGGGCCCACCUUGUUGUCUGUGUGAUUUUGCUAUUAUAUCAUUAGAUGCUACGGGUUAUGUUAGGACUUCAGUAUGAAAAUUUUGCUAAUUUUAAAGUGGACUGCAGCAUAAAAAAUAGUAGGAAGGGAUGCCCUUGAAUAUUCUUGUACAGUUUCCUUUGUAAUGUUUUUGUAAUAUCUCUUCCAAC